ACCCCCCCCCCCCCCCCCCCCAAAAAAAAAUAAAAAAUUAAAAAAAAAAGCUGAAAAAAAUUGAAGCACACAAAUUUCCGUGCAAAAAACCACAAAUAUUUCAAACAGAUAUAUGAUUAGAGCACAGGCAUGGAUGAGGGUAACCGCAAACUGGACAUACAGGACGAGCAAAUGGACGAUGCCGAUGGAGAGAAGAUGCAGCGAGAUACCACAAAUUUGAUGCGUCAAUCGGAGAAUUGCAUGUUUACCAUUCAGGUGGCGCCGGGCACCGUAAUGCACAUAAAUAUAGCACCCGAGACGGGUCCAAUACCGGCCACCUGGUGUAUAUCCACAUUGAUCAUUCACAAUGGCCAGCAUUAUACGAAUACUAUACACAAUUUCACCGUGAAUCCGGAAUUGAUACAGAAUUUGGGUUUGGUACAGGAUCCAGCCGGUGGCAAUAUAUUGCAACAGCUGAUGAUGAGUCCCCUGGACUUACCCCGUAAUCCGGUGCAGUCCACGCCCCGCAUUCUAGUCGGCGGCGGAUUCGUUCAGCCAACGGCCGUAUACCGCAUGGUGGAGCACUAUUGCAGUUAUGUGAUGCGCACGGCCAGGAUAUUGGAUAACGUCUUUGGCUGGGUGGCGCCACAACAGAAUCCCGUGCUGCCGGCCCUGGUCCAGGACAUACACUUCACCAGCCAAUCGCUGCAGGCGAUGCUGGAACGGGUUCAGCGUUCAGUGCAGGCUGCCGAACAGCUCUUUAUGCCCAACGUGGCUCCGUUGCCGGCCAAAGUUGAGGACGAGUCUCAGCAGACGGACAUUAAUGAGCUGCAUACCGACGAGGAGAUCAGCAGCGAGACCGAGGAUGAAACCGAGGAUGAGGGCGAGACCUGUGAGUGCACACCGGAAUACGUGCCCUACGAUGACUAUGAUGAUUCGCAGAUCAAGUGCGAUAAUGAUUCGUCAUCCUCGGAUUCGGAUAUACGCAGCUCAAUAUUUUUAGGACCCGACUUUGAGGAGUUUCCGCAGCAGUUCUGGUCGCUGACUAGCAGCGAGGAGGAGAACGAGGAGGAACAGGGCGAUGAGGAGAGCUGGGAGAGCGAUUUUGAGGAUGAUGAAUCCUUCGAUGCGUACAUGGUGCGCCAGUUGCGCGCCCAUGCCACCGGUCUAGCCACACGCCUCAAUUCCGAUUGGGUUAAUCUGGCCAAUGAGCCUACGCAGGCGGAUGAUGAUGAUUGGGACAUUGGAUCGUGCGGGACCAAUGGCGACAUUGAGGAUAUACGCUCAGAGAUAAGCUGCAGCAGCGAGGAUCUAAACGCCUGGCAGUACAACGAGGAUCGCACCUUUGAGACAGAGCUCAGUCGUCCAUUCCGGCGGCUUGUUGGCGAACUGCCCGCCCAGACGGCCCAGGAGGAGCGUUAUGCCUGGCGCCAUACGUACGAAAAUUUUAACUAUCGCAGGGGUCUGCGUCAUAGUCCCAACUAUCGUCAAUAUCCAGAUGAGUCUGUGCCGCUCUCCUUCUAUAGCCAUUGGCGUCCCCAGGAGAAUCUGGCCACUUCUUCGGCCAGCUCACAAAGCGAAAGUCCGGGUCGCAGCGGUGCGCCGUAUACCUUCUCCUUCUAUUCGAAUAAUCUGGACUCCAUGGACAAUGUGAACGAUUCCAUGCAACCGAACUUAUCGCAGAUGCAGGACAUUCAUUUGGAUGACUUGGAUCAGGAGCGUGAGACAACGCCGGAGCCAAAUUCGGACUCAGAGCCGGAUGAACUAGAAAUGGAUGUAGAUAUUGAACUGGAUGAGAUACCGAUCGAUCAACAAAUAGUUCCACUCGAAACUUUUAUACAGCAGACGGACGAGCUAAUUGCACAGAUUUGGGCCAGCCUUUAAGUGUUGGCAAACAGCAGAAGAUCAAACAGGAACUAGUUCGCAAGCAAACAAUUGUUCUUUGUGUUCCGUCCUCUUUUUUUUUUUUUAUACCAAAUUUCAAAUUCUUUUAACGCAAUUUCUAGUUCCUAGCAUUCAAUUCUAACUAAACCAACUUAACCGAUGUGCCUUCUGCUCAAAUGACGAAUGUCUUUAUUGUUGUUCUGCGCAGCAUUCGGCAAUUUUUGCUUGGUCCUGACAUGAACAAGUGCCUUCAGGACUCCGAUGCGAGUCCUUUAACUAUAUCAUCGUCACAAAAAAAAAAAUUUUAGAAAUAGGUUAUUAUAUGAAAUUUAAAUUGACUCUAAGCUAUUUGUUUACAUCCACACAUGACAAUAAAUGUUCUUGUGAUCGUUUGCGUGUUCCUUAAAA